AUCUGUAAAAAGGUAUUACCUCUUGUGACCACUAUGUAUAUUAGUGAUUUUGUUUUCCCUUUAACUUAUGUGAAUGGGCUGACAACAAUAUACUUAAAUUAUUUUCUUCAUGUGACGUCAACACAUUUCUCUCUCCUAACGGUGUUGUUAUUGCCAACACUCAAAACAAAGGUCCUUGUCUUUGUUUUGGAAAACACAGACGGGUCGAGCUGGCUGCGCAAUCAUGUCGGCGAAUCCCUUCGAUAAUUUUCUCGGCACGCUCGGUGUUUCUGUUCGUAAAAAAUAAAAACAACCUCCCCGUUUCGAUUGGCAUGCUGACUCUGGGCACCUGUAGCGGUGUACAGCUGAGUUCUGGCAAGACCCGCAGACUGCCUGCGGGCAGGGCACAUUCAUGAAAUGGUGUCCAGGGAAAGUUAAUACCUCUCAUCCGGACCAAAAGAGAGCAUAUAUAACCUGGCGCCGAUGCCCACCAGCAAAGCUUCGCUCCUGUAGCAGAACCUGAGCGUGCGCGGUAAACAUCUGAGCGAACGAGCCCGUGUCAACGCCGAUCUGUCCGCCCGGUUCCAGAGACCGACGGUGCAGCAACUCGCAGCCCAGUGCUUCACCCACCUCUUGGCGGCAUCGGCGGCGGCGGCGGCUGCUGCGCAUCUCUUUGACGUGAUCGUCGGGACUCGGAUGAGCUUUUGAGCAGUCGCGAUGAUUCCGUCUCGGCUGCGUGCCUCUCUGCUCUUGAGCCGCGUCGAUGGGAAGACGACGCGAUCACCCAGCCGGGCUGCUGCUGGUGGCAAGUGGCUCGGGGUGCUGUUGCUGUUGACGGCGCUGUGCGGUGGAAGCGGCGCAAGCGUCUUGCCCUAUAAAUUUGCCCACGCCGGCGUCUGCCCCAACGAUCUCAACCCGAACCUGUGGGUGGAUGCGCAGAGCACCUGCAACAGGGAGUGCAACGGAGACCAGGACUGCAUGGCCCUGGAGAAAUGCUGCGACAACGUGUGCGGCCUCAAGAGCUGCGUGACGGCUCGCUUCCCCGAGGGCGAGCCCAUCACCCAGGACGUCCUGGCCUCGUGCUACUCGUUCCAGUGCCCCCAGCAAGGCGCCGAGUGCGACGUGUGGGAGGGCAAGCCCACGUGCAAGUGCAAGGACCGCUGCGAGAAGGAGCCCAACUUCACCUGCGCUUCGGACGGCCUCACCUACUACAACAAGUGCUACAUGGACGCCGAGGCGUGCGUCAAGGGCGUGACGCUGACCGUCGUGCCGUGCAAGUACUACACCAUGGGGCCCAAGACGAGCCCGAGGCCCAACGAGACCGCCGUCACGCCGGCGACGCUCAACGCUCCCACCACGUACGUGACCCCUAUCCGGCCGGCCCUGGUCGCCAAGCCGGCGCAGCAGUCCGUGUACCUGGGCGGCACCGUGAGCUUCCACUGCGACGUGAGUGGGCAGCCCAAGCCGGACAUCACCUGGGAGAAGCAGGGUGAGGGCGAGAAGAACACGAUCAUGAGACCCGACCGCAUGUACGGCAACAUGGUGGUGACCAACAUCGGCGAGCUGGUCAUCUACAACGCGAAGCCUCCCAACGCCGGCAUCUACACCUGCACGGCGCGCAAUACCGCGGGGCUGUUGAGGGCCAACUUCCCGCUGUCCAUCAUGCGCAACCCGCACACCUUCAGCAAAGACAUGGAGGAGUUCCCCGUCGAAGAGUGCCUCAAGAUGCCGGACCGCGAAGACUGUGGCGGCAAGACCCAGACGGUGUGGUACUUCGACGUGAAGAGGAACGGUUGCUUCACGUUCUCGCACAGCCACUGCAACAACAGCCUCAACCGCUUCAUCACCUAUGAGGAGUGCAAGAUGGCGUGCAUGGCCAACAUCAACAACACAUGCUCGCUGCCCGUGCAGCAGGGACCCUGCAAGCAGUGGGCCCUGCGCUGGGCCUACAACCCGCUCAUCAAGCGCUGCCAGUCUUUCAUCUACGGCGGCUGCGAAGGCAAUGAGAACAACUUCCAAAGCCAGGAGCUGUGCGAGGAUAACUGUCCUUUUCCGCACGGCCGCCAGUGCAGGGCUUGCAAGUCGCGAAACAAGAUCGCGCGCAGUUUCUGCCUUUCCGAUUUUGCUAUCCUGGGCCGCAUGGCUGAACUGACGGAGGACGGAAGCUCGGGGGUGGCGAGGAUCAUCGUGGACGAGGUGCUGAAGGACGAGAAGAUGGGCCUCAAGGUGUUCAACACGAAGCACCUGGAGGUGACGCUGCUGCACAUCAACUGGCAGUGCCCAUGUCCCAACGUGACGGUGUCAGAGGAGCGCCUGCUCAUCAUGGGCCAGGUGUACGAGGGCAUGGCCGUGCUGUACCCAGAUAGCUUCGUGCAGGCAGCCAUCGAGAGACGCACAAAGAAGAUUUACGAAAUGAUUUCAAAGAAUGCGUGCGACAAUUUGCAGCGCGUCGUCGAUUAGUUUCCAUUCACUAUUUGUUUUUUUUUCUUAUCUCAGUUUGGUGGGAGGUUAAACUCAACCUACGUUCAACAUUAGAGGACACUUUAAAAUCAUAAGCCAGGGAUGGGGGAACCCGUUCCUCACCAGCUGCAUACGGCCCAUGACUUAAUAUCAUGUGGCCCAUGGCCACUUCGAGACGGCCCACAAACGAUACUUAUCCAUCACUUGUAUGCAUCUUAGUCGCACUAAUCGGAUACUGGAGGGGAAAAUUUGUCAACCUGACAACAUUUUUUUUACUUUAGCACGAUUUGUCACGUCUGCCAUUGUGAGGGCCUCUUGAUUUUCGAUCAAUAGGAAAAGGUUCCCCAUUCCACAAUUCACCAGGUUUUGUAUUAGCACACACCAGAGGGGUGCUCUGAAAGUUUUACGUCAAUUAAAUUUGGCCUGCAGAGUUAAGCCAAUGAUUUUAGUACGAGGAGGGUAACAUGCGCACAUCGAAUGACCACACAGGGUGAAAUUGCUAGCGCUUUAAUACAGUGCUAACUCAUUGUGAAGAAGUAGAUUUUUUUUGAGCAGGUGAAACAUUUGGCAAGUCUUUGAGUGAAAUAUGUAAAGUUUAAGUGGCUCAUCGGACAUGGGCCGUGGAGCCACUGCUUAAUGUAACCAAUGGGCUGCUAUUUUUGUAUUUUAAUUAAAAGCAUCAUUUACACAUUUGAAUGAUAAAAAAUAGAAUAGAGGUGUGAAGUUCAAACACUAAAUAGACACACCUAUUGAAAGACAUCAAGUCUGCAUUAACCACACAUACUUGUGGUAAAAAAAAAAUGCAAACGUGCUUUAAUAAUGAAUGCACUGUCCUUGAAACUGAUUGGCCUCACCAGAGACAACGUCUUCCAUGGAUUUGUCUCACUAGGCGCUACAGAGACCAAAGGCCGAAAAAAGGCAAACAGUACGAGGACAUUGCAAAAACCAAAGCAGUAAUAGCUCGGGUUAAGCAGUUAUAUCUAUGGGACCCUAUAAUGUUAAAUUAUAAU